AGGACCCAAUGAAAACAUUGGAAACCUCUAAUAAUGGGUAAAGGUGAUAAGAGAGGCCUCCAACGUACAGAUACAGGUUCGACCAAUUUGGUCGGAAAAUUCACGCAAAGCGUUAGAAGAAUAGUUCAGGACGUGAAAGACGAAGGGACAGCGAGUGGACAGACGAAAGAAGAAGUCAUAGAUACCAACGAAAGACUGAGAGCUGUUAGGAUGAGACUGGACGAAUCUUACGACACUGCGAAAAAGGCUUUGGUAGGAUUAAUGGGAAAGUACAACGACAGCAAAGCUGUCAAUAACAUCUUCCAGAGGUACAAGCUCCUGAAAAGCAUGAUAAAGGAGGUGAUCCGACUGGAAACGGAAUACUGGACGCUCGUGGACAUCCCGAAGCAAGAGAAACAAGAAACCGUACCCGCGUUCGUAUUAAGGGCGUGUACCAUUAUGGAAAAGGCCCAGAAAUCGGGAGAGGGCGUCAAGACUACGGCGAAGUUGGCAGAAGAAGCCCAAAGUAAAAAGGAACGCAUAGAACGCCUGGAAAACAUGACCACGUCCCAAAUUGAUUCCGAGAACACGCAGAUGACCAACGACCUGUACAGGCUUCUCAAAAAAUAUUCUGGCCUACGAAAUCUAAUUAGACAACUCAAGAACGACUAUGUGAAUUCGAAACUGUACCCGAUGUUCCCUCGUUACACAAUGCUCAAGGAUAUGAUCAAGGACAUCAUGCUCCACCCGGACUACAUGGAGGUUUGCCACGAGGUGGACGCAUAGCCAAAAUCCUUCGCGGCCUAAAACGCCGUAUCACAUACUGACGCGAUAAAAACCGCCACCCCUUUUCCACCCCCUUCUAAGGAUUAAAUAUUUCGGGCUUCUUCGCUACUAAUAUAUUUUCUUCACAGUCGGACACUCAUCAGUACCUAUCUAGACUUGCAGUGGGUAAUUACUGAGAAAAAUUCAAUAAAUAAAAGAAAUAUAUAUAUAAAGGGGCCUAGCAAAUUCAAUAACUAAAAGAAGAAAUAAAUAUAUAUAUAUAUCAAAAAAAAACAAAGGGGCCUAGCAAAGAGGCAUACAAAAAAUCUGGGUAGGCUGAAAGUCGAAUUUUUCCAAAUCUAGGUACCAUAUCUAUAUAAUUCGAAAUACGUCUCAUUACUUUCGAAAUUGUAGUACGUAUUAGAUUAAGAUUACAUUAAGUACUAGCAUAUUAAUAGUGUAAAUUCUUGAUCUUUAUUGCAUUUGAACAAAUGCGUACAAAGUCUGAAAACUUUGAGUUCGAUUAUUUGUUAAUUAAUUGCUAACAGCAAUCAUUUAUCAAAAAGGAUUUGUCGAAAAUUUUGGUGGAGGAGCCAGGACAAUUUACAACUAAGUCUACAGUCGAGUCAUAAUUCCAGUUUCAUCUUCGUUUAAAGUUACCUUUUGACUAUAUUAAUAACUCAACCCCCUAUAUUAAUCCAAUUUCUACCAACACCUUUAAGAUCAUUUUAAUGUCUUUUAACAAAACAGUUGAAAAUUUGCCACUGACGAUGAGGUACGGGGUUGAUACCGAACCUUCACUUAUAUUAGCCACUUUGCAAAAUGCACCCCUGAUAAUUUCUAACAAGAAGGAAUUUUGUGUAAAAGCCUUAAGCCUCGUUUAAUGCAAUUUGCCUAUGUAACCGGUAAUAUGAUAUAUCUCUACGAUUGGUUGAGGGAACUGUAAUCAAUUUGGGUCGUGGAAGUCGGCUAAAUUUAUAGGCACCCCUGAGGCGCCAUUAAACUUAAUUACAAUCCUGUUAUUAAUGCAAAAUGCCGUUUCGGCUUCCUCUGAUCACCUGUAACACAAUUAAGAAAUAAAAAACAAAAUCACGCUGAAGGGACGUAGAUACUAAACUUAACUUGUGCUGAUAACGCCAAAAUUGAAGUCCUUUAUCGAUAAGCUUGAAAUUAAGAAAAAUUUUACCUAAAAAGUCAUGUUUUUAUAAUAAACAAUGGACUAAUACUUGAAUAAAACAAAUGAGACGUUAAAAAUUAAACAUCUGACAAUGGAAGAGUUAAACAACUGAAUGCCACAAAAAGAAGAUCAAUUUUGUUUUAACUAUUUUAAAGAUUAUAUUGAAAACAAAUGAGUGUAGAAUUGGAAAUAAGAAUAAUAGUGACACACAUUUCACAGAUUCUUCGCCGAUUUUUGUGACAUACUGUACAAAACCAUCUUUUAAUGAAUUACUGUAUUUAGUUAUUAGUUAGAACGCAUAUGACGAUUAUCUAAGUAUAAAACACUGCCUUUAGCAAGUAAAUUAUGUACAAUAUAUACUUAAAGGUGCAUGUUUGUGUGAAAAUUGUACUGUAUGUAUGUAAAUAUCAAUUUAUUAAUAUGCAUCUGAUACUGUAAAAUUUAUAGAAAUCCGUAGGUAAGUAAUGUAAGAUCACUUGUUAUAUCUACUGCAAACAUCUGUUUUCGAUGUAAGUAUAAAUAAUAAUAAUAGUGAAAAAAAUUAAUUAAACAAAGAAAACCUAUUAAUAAACAUAAACAAUGAUGCUAAUAAAUGUCUGUGAGGUGUAUCUGUAUUGGGUAAAUUAUAACGUAUAAUGACCACCUACUAUGAUAUCUGUAAUAGUAACAAUAGUAAUAUGACAUAUUAAAGCUUGCUGAUCGAAAUUUAUGCGGUCAGACAAAAAAAAUAAUAAAUGUGUAAAAAUAUAUUAUAUACUUAUAAUAUGCGUACAACUAAAUAAAUAAAAUAUUCCUAGGUAAGAAACUUGUUGACUGCAAAAUGCCUCUUCGAAUGUUAAUAUUGUAAUAAACAUUAAUUUAUUAAAAUCUUGUUAUCUU